AUGGCGGCCAAGAGUCCAGUGAAACUGUUUGACCUGGAGGAGAUCGCUCGCCACAAUACCAAGAAGGAUGCCUACAUGAUCGUCCAUGGGAAAGUCUACGAUGUAACCAAGUUUAUCGACGAGCAUCCCGGCGGCGAGGAAGUCAUGCUAGACUCCGCGGGCCAAGAUGCUACUGACCCCUUUGACGACGUGGGACACAGUGAAGAGGCAUGGGGAAUCUUGCAAGCUAUGCAGAUUGGUGAACUGAACCAGACGCAUGUUUCACCCAAUUUCAAGAUGCUGGCUUUAUCUGGGUGGAAUGGAAAGCUUCUGGGUGUUGCAGUCUUGGGGAUUGCAAGUGCGGCUGCUUAUGCAACCAAGGCGCUGGAGGAUAUGAAGCCCAAUUCAAUCCUACUUUGCGGCGGGUUUGGUCUCUGUGGUGUUCCUGACACACUGAUCGACGAGAUUCUCAAAAAGCCACAGGUCAAUGGUCUCACCGCUGUGUCGAACAAUGCCGGAACAGAUACAUCAGGGUUGGGAAAACUUCUUCAAACACGACAGAUCCGGAAGAUGAUCUCGAGCUAUAUCGGAGACAACAAGACGUUUGAGAAAAUGUAUCUUACCGGCCAAGUCGAGCUCGAGCUUACCCCCCAGGGAACUCUCGCCGAGCGAUGUGCUGCAGGUGGCAAAGGUAUACCGGCAUUCUAUACGCCAGCCGGUCUUGGGACAGUGGUGCAGACCGGCGACCUGCCAUUGAAGCAUGACACAAAUAGGGUUCCGGAGGAGUACUCGUCGCCAAAGGAUGUCAAGGUCUUUGGCAGGAAGCCGUUCCUGCUGGAGGAGAGCAUCCAAGGCGAUUACGCAUUCGUCAAGGCUUUCAGAGCCGACAGGCUGGGCAAUUGCGAGUUUAGGCUCGCAGCUCAUAACUUCAAUGGCGUGAUGGGGCGGAAUGCCAAGAUGACCAUCGUGGAGGCAGAAGAGAUUGUGGAGCCAGGGGAGAUCUCUCCUGAGUCGGUUCAUCUGCCUGGUAUCUACGUCAAACGGGUCAUCAAAAGCACCACAGACAAGAAGAUCGAAAAGCUCACUUUAGCCACAAAGGCAAACAAGGGUGGCUCAGGGUUGGGUAAAGGAGGAGCGGCUGCGAAUCGCCAACGGAUUGUGCAGCGAGCUGCCCGCGAGUUCAAGAAUGGUAUGUAUGCCAAUCUCGGUAUUGGCAUGCCCAUGUUGGCAGCUGGACUCGUUGGGCCGGGCAUUGAAGUUCAGCUUCAAUCGGAAAACGGAAUUCUGGGACUGGGCCCCUACCCAGCAGAGGGCCAGCAAGAUGCCGACUUAAUCAACGCUGGCAAGGAAACGGUCACGCUGGAGGCGGGUGCUUCUGUCUUCGGGAGCGAUGAGAGCUUCGGCAUGAUCCGCAGUGGCCGCAUCGACCUAACCAUCCUAGGUGCCCUGCAGGUCAGCGCUACGGGUGACCUCGCCAGCUGGAUGCUCCCAGGAAAGGUCAAGGGAUUCGGCGGAGCGAUGGACUUGGUGAGCAACCCAGCUGCCACCAGGGUAGUGGUCACCAUGGAGCAUACGGAUAAGAAGGGGAACCCAAAGAUCGUCAACCAAUGCACCUUUCCCUUGACGGGAAGGGCUUGCGUUUCGCGUAUUAUUACGGAAUUGGCUGUUUUUGACGUCGACUUUUCCCAUGGCCUACACCUUAUCGAGGUCGGCCCUGGCGUGACGGUAGAGGAGCUCGGGAGGAAGACUGGGGCACCCUUUACUGUAGCUAAAGAUUUGAAGACGAUGAUAUAA